GAGCAUCAUAUACCCGGAAGCAAACACGCGUCAGCCAGCGUGUAGGAAAUUCACAUGGUAGCAUUCAACAGAGAGGAGGCUCGUUUUCGGAACAUACAGUCCUGUUCGUGAACAUAUAGGAAAUGUCCGCUGCUAAAGUGAAGAUGCGGGCGAAGAAGCUGAGGGACCAGCCCGCCAGUGUGCAGUACCCGUCCUCUCCCCUGACGGUGGAGAGCAGCACACAGAACGGAGGAGACGCUCCGGACACUGGUGCAACUGGAGGUGCAACUGGAGGUGAUGAUCCAUCUGACGUCAAGUCACCCGUAGAGAGGCAGAAGAGCCGUCACCACCGGGAUGGGUGGGUCCGUGGACACCAGAAAGAUGGAGCAGUCUAUGCCAAGGACAUGUCCAAGUACAUCUCUGGUGGGGCUUUUGCGAGGGCCAGGGCAGCAGAGGUGAAAACCAUGUUAAAAGCUGUCACCAGGACAACAGGCAGCUGCCAUGUGUUUGGAGCCCUGCCUAAACACAUGAGGAGACGGGCCAUGGGCCACAACAUAAAGCGGCUCCCUCGCAGACUGAGAGAUGUGGCCAACAGAAUGCAUAAGAAGAGCCUCCAGGCUGGCUCAAAGAAGAAGAAGGAACAGGCAAAGAGCAAGAGCCGCAAGGCGCGCCGCCGGCACGGAAACCUGCUGCUUGAGUUCAACCGGCGUCAGAGGAAGAACAUAUGGCUGGAGACGCACAUUUGGCACACCAAGCGCUUCCACAUGGUUAAAAAGUGGGGCUACUGCCUCGGGGACAGACCCACGUACAAAUGUUACCGCCCGUGCUACAGAGCCAUGAGCACCCACUGUUUGCUGCAGGACCUUUCAUACCACUGCUGCAUAGAGCUUCAGGGAGAGGAAGACAAGCUGCUGGCGUGUCUGUCACAACUGACCAGCAAGGAAGCUGGUCCUACAUUUGCCGCAGCACUGUGUAUAUCGGGGCGAAGACAGGGCAGUGUGGUGGUGUACAGAGCGGGACAUUACCCCUCGCAGCCAUUGGGCCCUGUUACCUUUCUCUGGAGACCCCGUACACAGGGCUCAACUCACAGACAGCUGUGGAUCUGGGCUCAUCCCUCUAUUAAACAGGACCUUCUCCCUGAAUUACAAAGGGUGUGCCAGUGUUGUGAGGCUGUCGUCCCUCCAGUUGUGCCUGUGGUUACACCUGCUGAGGUUGUUCCCAGCCUAGAACCAGAGCUUCAAUCUGAAAAGACCCCUGAGGCCACACAGACCCUCAGGACCAAGAGAAAGCGGAACUGUAAGGAUGCCAGUGAAACUCCUGCCAAAAAGAUCCUGGGAGAUGGAACUAGAUCUCCCACCACCCCGGUCACAUGGAGGUCCAGCUCAACUGGAAUAGUCAUAAAUGAUCUCACAAUGGAGAUUGUACGCUAUCGCCUGAUUGGACCACAGUCCCAUUCUGUUCUCGCAGAAACUUUGGAAGCUGCUUCAGUCUGUGAUGAAAUUAAUAAAUCCCAGCCAUCCUUCCUUUGGUGGCCUGAGCACUGCAAAGAUGAAAGCAAGAUGAAUCUGCAUCAACAACAAGCUGACAUCUUUCAUAUACUGAAAGACAUCUAUUCAACUGGAGAGCUCCCCUCAGGCACAGUGCUGGGUCUGACUGUAGAUGACCCCAGGCUGACUUUACCCACAAAGAAGGUUAAAGCUUUGCCCUGUGUAAAGUCGACACAAGAUGUGGACGAGGAGAGGAGGAAAGAGCUCGUGCUGCGAGGAGUACCUGAACACUGUUGUCAGAGUUUCCUGUGGGAGCAGUCUGUACGAGACAACGUCACUGAUAACAAGAUGUCAGAGCAGGAGUUGAACCGUAUGAGAAGCGAGGUGCUGGUGCCGGGCUCCAGGCUGAGCCCCACUCCCCUACAGGGUAGAGUCCCCAUGCUCCUGGUUCACCAGCCUGGCAAGCAGGUGGGACAUGAAAUGAGCUCCUGGGGUGCUGGAUGGGACCUGCUGCUUCCCAAAGGCUGGGGCAUGGCAUUCUGGAUUCCACUGGUGUACAGAGGGGUUCGCAUCGCUGGGCUGAAUAUGAGUCUGAAACACUCUCAGAAUAAAGGAACCCCUCACUUCCCCCAUGAUUACCCAGACUGUCCAGCAGGCCUUCGUUUUCAGGAGGAGCAAGAGGCCGAGCUCCUGGACAAGUUCAAGAGGCGUCCACCCGCCAAAAGGACCAAUUUCGUUAAACAUGGCUGUCUGGCUCCGUUCCGUUGCCCGUGGCAACAGCUGGCCGAGGAGUGGGAGCUUACUACAAAGGAAGGAAGAGUGGAGGAGAAAAGAGACGGCCAGACCCAAACCACAACAGACACUGACACAGUUAUGGAGGAAGAGAUGACAUCACAUCCAGAUCUCACUGUGACAAAGACCCAGAGCUGCAUCACUGUACUGAGGAACAGAAAGUCUUUGAAGCUGCUCUCUGGUUGGUGCAGGCCCACAACAUCUAAAGGUCAGAGGUCGUGCCGUGUCGGGCAGGUGCCGCCUCUCUGCUCCUCAGCUGUGAGCUUGUUUCUCACAGAGCAUGGAAUGAGUCUGGUGUGGGUGCGUCUGUCUUUGCUGUCGAAGGGCAAACCAGAGCUCCAUGCUAUGGUGUGUGUGCCAGUCGCAGAGGACCUGAGGCUGCUGAGCAAGAAGUCUGACAGCAGCUGCCCCCAGGAGCCACUGCACAGAAACCACUUCAAAAGCAGAAUCAAACGCAGAAACAAGGGCUCCAAGAAAGCUGCUACUUCCUCUUUGUCCACUGAUAAAACUGAGGCUAAGGGCUCAGACCUUCCCUCUGCCUCUGAACCAAAACUCACCACUUCUACUGAAGAUCCCCAAUCAUCUUCCGAGUCUUCCACAGAUCUCAUCUUUGGGCUGUGGCCAGAUCCUCUGCCGAGCAUCACCUCUCACUGCUCCAGAGUGUCUCUAGGCUGGGUUACGCAGGGGGACUUCUCCUUGUCUGCGGGCUGUGGGGAGGCUCUGGGGUUUGUCAGUGUCGCUGGUCUCCUCAACACCCUUCUCAACCAGCCGAUGGAACACAGAGGAAUGGUGCUGCUGCGCAACCCUGCCUCUCUGCAUUACCGCUUCGCAAAAAUCAACAUAGAGGUCUGAUGGAAGCAUGUGAUCCUAUGGAGAACCUAAUUCCCAAAGAAGCAUUGUAUUCUGCUUGAAAAGAGACAGUUCUAUGCAAAUAAGUUGCAUGAUGCUUCAGUAAAGAAGUGAUCUCACAGAAUCUCUGUGCCUUUUGUAGUUGCUCUCUUGAAUUGUGCCAUCAUCGUCUCCAUGCCUGAAGACUUUAUAAUAUGCCCAAGGAAUGACUACCAGCUUCCAGGUGUCAGUGCUGAAGACAUUUUUUAGUUGUGUGUAUUUUACUUUGAGAGACAUCCUCAUUGUUUUUGGAUGCGUGUUUUCAUACUAAUUCAUUUGUCAGAGGAAUGUUUCACAGCGGAUCAGUUAAUUAAUGGACCUUGGUUUCGGUUAAAAACAUUAGUUCAGCCUUUUAUCAACUGGUUUUCCAAAAGGUAUUAGCUUAUGGCUUAUUGUUCAUCCUUUUAUAUCCAGGCUUAAUUGUGCACAGAGUAUUUAUGGUGUGGUUUUCUGUUGUUUAAAAAAAGUCAUUAAUGGGUUUGGAUUUCAGAACUUUGUCAGUUUCUUUUUAACCAUGCCACAGCACUGAAAAGGUUUUGUUUGAACAUAAUUAAAUAGUGCACUUGACAGAAUAUGUCAUAA